AUGCAUCUACCAAAAACCCCCGCGUUUAUUUUAUUGUUAAGCGAGUCAUCCUUCAAAAUUGAGGAUGUCCUCAGAUUGCCACAGACAUCUAGCAACGAGAAGGAACCAAAAAUCGAGGAGUUGCUGAGCAAACUCAAAACGUUGCAGCAAGCCAAGGUAGUUAUUGAAGAGGAGGUGAAGGAGGCCCUUUCCUUCAAAAAUACUUUACAAGAUGAAGAGGAUGCUUUGAGCAUUGAAGUUCUAAAGCUUGAAAGAACAUUGAAUGAAAAAGAAGAGACACGUAGAUCUCUACAGUUAAAAUGUGAAGAACUAGAACAAGAGUGGCAAAGGCAGUUUGAACUGAAACAACAAAAAGAGGAACUUGUAAACCAGUACAGCUGCCAGAUCCAGGAAACCAAACUGAAACACAGGAAAAUUCGACUCCAGAGAGACUCCCCACUGAGGUACAAUCUGCUGAAUACACUCGACAGCAGUUGCUGAAAGCUGAACAGCAGAACCUGGAACAAGUAACACAUUUGCAGGAGGAGCUGAGUAAAGACAGGCCACAGAUGCUGCGACACUGAUGAAUCUAUUAUACAUAUCUUGCAUAC